AUCGUCCAAUACAGAAACGCAGCAAAAUAAUUAUAAAAUAUAUAUUUUUUUAAUGACAAUAAACUACAAAAUCACUAUCACUACAUAUUGUAAAACAAAUUCGCUGCCGCAGGAUGCUUAGACGGAUUUUGAUCAAAUUAUCAGUAAUGUUUUCGAAAUUACGCAUAUUUGGUUUGGAGAACUGCGACCUGCCGACCAUGGUGGAUAACUGUUCAAUUCUACUUCGAGGCCUUGCUCUAAACGUGGAUCCUACCUACGAUAAGAAAAUUCCCAAGAUCUUCUAUGUUUCGACAAUCGUCAUAAUCCUGUGCUACUUAUACGUGUGCGUGUUCUCCAUGAUUUGGUUUGUGUUCUGGAGGUGCGUGGAAACUGGAGACAUCAUCAAUGCAAUGGACAUCUUUGCUCUCGGCGUCUGCAGCGAAAUUAGCACUGUGAAGUUCGUUUAUGUGUACGUUUAUCAGUAA